GGCAGCAUAGCAGCAACAAUUUUUGUCCAGAACCCUAUAAGGCUAUAUUCAUGAUCGACUGUGAAGUAGCUUGAGACGAACCAAACUGAUUCUCCAUCCGUCCCGUAUAUUUCAGCUAGCUAUUGUUGUCUUGAGAGAGUGUGUCCCUUUUCCCAGCCAAUCACCAUUGGUACAACGCUAGGCAAUAGUAGUAUUACUGCUGAUAAGUACUAUUCAAGAGUUCAAGAGUACAAUAGACUGCUAGACUCUACGUACAUCACCGUUAUCGUAGACAAGUAUUUCGUUCUGUCCACGCGGAACAUGUCUCUCCUGAAGAAGGCAGCUCCUUUCGAGGAGAGGUGGCCAGAGUGGAGGCUAAUCGUGCAAAAACUUCUUGAGCAGCAUGCAGUAACAAGGGAUGAAUGGCAAGGAUUGUUCUCUGAUGUUCACCAAGUCAUCAGUUGGGAGGAGAAUGGUGCUGAGAGUGUGCUUCGUGCCAUAAUGGAGGAGAUCGAGGCGCAUGUACUGGGUGUUGUCAAUCGACUGCAAAAUGAAAUGGAGGAGACGGCAUUGCUCAAGGUGUACAGAAGGGAAUGGGAGCGCUACCGCGCGCAGUCAUUCUACCUGCCGCAGCCAUUCCGACCGAUCGAGCCCGCUCUCCACCACAAGGACACUGGCCACAUCCUGGUCCGCAACAACUCCCAGGCGCCGGUGCCGGUGCACGCGGCAGCAGCACCUCAGAACGAUAAAACACUGCUCCUGCAGAGGAAGAUGUUGUUCGCCUGGAAUGUGGGAGUGUUCAAGUCAGUUUGUUCCCGGUUGCUCUCCAGUGCCAUGAAGUUGAUUACUCUUGAGAGAGGUGGCGAAGUGAUCGAAGGAUCUCUUGUCAUCGCUGUACGCGAAUCGUUUGUGCUGAUGACUGACGAUUCUGGCACGCUAAGUGUCUACAUCAGCCACUUUGAGGACACAUACAUCAACGAGACGCGUUCCUACUAUGAGCACCGGGCCCAGGACUUUGAAGUUGCCAAUGGCAUCUACAGUUACCUUGUCUAUGCUACUGAGAAGUUUGAAGAAGAGAUGGCCCGUGGACUUCGCUACCUGGAAACGAGAAGCACCAGCAACUCUACUGACAGGCUACGUCACUGUCUUGUGAGCUGUUUGGUGGACCGUGUGCGGGAGUUCAUCGAGGCUGAGUUCCCGGUGACGCUGGGUAAUUCGGAUGUCGUCCACCUGAAUCGGAUGUUCCGUCUUUUGGACCUCUCGUCGCAGGGCGUCCAGGGAAUUCUUCGCCUUUUAGAGAACUACAUCUUUGAUUGUGGCCUGCAGGACAUGAAGCGUCAUGCCGGUACAAUUGUCUCAGAUCCUGAAAAGUACGUGGAGAAGCUGCUGAGUCUCUUCAAACAGUAUACACAUCUGAUUGAAGAAGCCUUUGAUGCUGAUGCCAGAUUUCUAACGAUCCGUGACAAGGCGUUUCGACGUCUUGUUAACGACACGUCGGUGUUCCGUAUGGACCUAACGAAUACGGGCGAUGCUGGUGCAAAACGUGGUGCAAUAGGAUCAAGAUCACCGCCGGAGUCUCGCUGUCCGGAAUUGCUUGCCAACUAUUGCGACCAGUUGUUGCGGAAAACACCUCUCAGCCGCAAGCUAACGUCAGAUGAAAUUGAUGACCGUCUCAAAGACGUGGUCCUGUUGCUCAAGUAUGUACAGAACGGAGAUGUUUUUAUGAGGUUUCACCAGAUGCACUUGAUGCGCCGUCUCAUAUCCGAGACUUCAACUGACAGUGAGAAGGAGGAGGAUGUUGUGCAGUGGCUGCGUCAUGGUGGUAUGCCAGCCGAGUAUGUCACUAAGCUUAGCCGCAUGUUCCAGGACAUCAAGAUCAGCAAUGACGUAAACAGUGCCUUCAAGGAAUUUCUCCGUGAUAAGGAUCUGGCCAGUCUGGCUUCAAUGGCUAACAUCAAGAUUCUCAAUCAUGGUGCAUGGAGCAAGAACUCUGAGCGUGUGACUGUGUCACUACCCAUGGAGCUUGAAGACUUCAUUCCUGAAGCCGAGCAGUUCUAUUCGAAGGCGCACAGUGGGAGACGGCUAACGUGGCAUCACAACCUCUCCAGUGGCAUUAUCACCAUGACAACAGACGUAGGUAGCUAUGAUCUAGAGGUGACCACCUUUCAAAUGGCGGUGCUCUUCGCCUGGAACCAGCGGCCGCAGGAGUCGCUCAGCCUAGCAGACCUGGCACUCGCCACCGAGCUGGGUGAUGUGGAGCUUCGCCGCACCGUCUGGUCUCUGUCUCACAUGCCUAAGCUAAAACGCCAGCUGCUACUCGUGGAGCCCAGCGCCAAGAACCCUCGAGAGUUCACGCCGGAGACGAGCCUCAGAAUCAACCACCAGUUCGCUGUGAUACGUAACAAUGAAGUUCAGCGCCGUGGCAAGGUAUCGUAUGUCGGAAAACUGCAGCUGGUGACGGAAAGGGUGCGUGACGAGGUUGGCGAGGGCAUCAUUGCACUCCGGAUACUACGUUUGCAAGAGGCAAUCGUGAAAAUUAUGAAGAUGCGCAUGACGAUCAAGGACAAUGUUCUGCAGAUGGAGCUGAUCCAGAUCUUGAGGAACAUGUUUGCUCCAACAAAGCGCAUGAUCAAAGAACAGGUUGAGUGGCUCAUCGAUCAUGGCUACAUGAAGAGAGACGCGGACGCCAUAGACACAUACAUCUAUGUUGCUUGAACCCCCCCCCCCCCCCCUCUCUCUCUCUCUCAUUCACCCGUCCUGCCAGUUACUGACUCGUGUGGCCUGGCUGAGUAGCUGUCCUUUUCAAUCGAAACAGUCGUACACAUAUUUGUCUCACCAUAAAAAUGCGAUGAACGUGAAAUGCACGUACCAAUGAAAACAUUCUCUCCAGAGGUAUGCAUGUCUUUGACAACCUCAGUACUGUGGUUGUGCAAUCGUUGCUCAACUUUUACAUAUCCACAAUUGCCACAAAAUUCACUCUGCUUUGAGUAGCGUCUCAUUGCUUACUGAUCUAAACACAUGCCCCGCCAAACGUUUAUCAUGAAACACAUCUGAAACGUGAAUCACCUUUUGUCUUUCUCUCUUUUUUUAUAUGUAUAUACACUUUAGACCUUUUAGACGUGUACAUAGAAAUAUUACUUUGGAGCUCCCAAGCAGCUUUCACAACACAUGGCUUUGUCUUCUACAACAGCUAAGUCUUAGGUGUGGAUAUGUACACUGUUCUGGACAUACUACCUGUAGUAAAGGUGUUGGUGCUGUAUCUGCAUUCCGCUCUUGUUUGUUUGUUUGUUUGGUUUCCGAAUUACAAACUCAUCUAACCUUGCCAUAUUCUAUAUUUGUUUACUCGCCCAACCCAGCAUUUAGAAGCCUCGCCCUUCACUCAUUGCUGCCUGCUGGUCAUAGUGCGUGCUGUAUCCGAGUGUCUCGCUAUGCUUGGAGCACUCGCCGGCUUGGGCGUCUCCAGUUGGAGAUUGUUCCGCACGCGGACUGUGUAAAGCUGUAUGCAGUUUGCAGAUCGUGACAAUGAAGUGUACGAGUAAAGUCA